AUGCCAGAAACGGGACAAGAAAGCAAUAGCACUCCGGCCAAGGAGUCUCCCUUCUCCAUCAAGAGCCUCCUGACUUGUGAGCCACCUAAAGCAGCUCGUCCACCAAAAGCUCUCUUCACCCCCAUCAAAGGGACCUUGGAUGGAGCCGCCUUUGCCUUUUCCCCCCUGACUGAUCUCUCCUUUCCAAGGCUGGAGAUCCCAACUCAGAGGUUCGCUUUACCUGCACAUUACCUGGAGAGGUCCCCUGGCUGGUGGUACUCCUACACCUUGACGCAUGGAGGUCAUACACCCAGGACUGAAGUUCCUGAGAAGAGCCUUCUGCUCGGUCCAUCUUCACCUGUCUCUGGCGGUGAAAGAGAGUCUCCAGAGCCCAUCCGCAACCUCAAACAGGACCUGGACCACAAGGAGAGCGACUCCAAGAGCCCAGAAGAAAUCAUCCUGGAAGAGAGUGAACCUGAGGAAGGAGGCAAAAAAGAUGAGAGUGGUGAGGACUGGAAGAAAAGGGAGGACAGUCCAGACAAGAAGCCCUGCAGGAAGAAGAAGACCAGGACGGUGUUUUCCAGGAGCCAGGUUUUCCAGCUGGAGUCCACCUUUGAUAUGAAGAGAUACCUGAGCAGUUCAGAGAGGGCAGGACUGGCAGCCUCUCUCCAUUUGACAGAGACCCAAGUCAAGAUUUGGUUCCAGAACCGAAGAAACAAGUGGAAAAGGCAACUAGCAGCAGAACUUGAGGCUGCCAACCUGAGCCACGCGGCUGCCCAGAGAAUUGUGCGAGUGCCCAUCCUGUACCAUGAGAACUCCUCCAGCGCUGAGAGUGCAAGCUCUGCGGCCAACGUGCCAGUCAGCCAGCCCCUCCUGACUUUCCCCCAUCCAGUCUACUAUUCCCAUCCUGUGGUCACGUCAGUCCCCUUACUGAGGCCAGUCUAA